CACAUGGCAUGUGCUGAUUCCGCCGGCGUCUGUCGUCAUCUGUUGUAGUAAACAGAGUGGCCGCGGAGAGGCGUCGUUUCCUCUCGGUUGUUCGUAGUAAGGCGAGAGUACGUACGGGGAGACCAGGACACGUUUCACCAGACAUGGCGGUGGUGUUGCUGAUGUUGGCGUCAACUAUGGCGUUCUUCCGCACGUGUGCGUCGUCUGCGGACACCAUUACGAUAGGAGGCUUGCUGCAGAGGAACGAGUCCCAGCGGGAGGACCUGGCGGUUCGGUACGCAAUCAGCAACAUUAACUCCAUCAAAAGUCUUCUCCCCAACACCAAGCUUAUCUCCAACACACAGCAGGUUUCCAGCUCCAACAGUUUCACUGCAGCAACACAAGCAUGCAACAUGUUAUCGACACCAGUGCCUGCUAUACUCCGGACGUCAUCAGGACCGACAUUCUCUGCGCUCAGAUCAGUCAGCAGCCGCUUCAAUGUGCCUGGGAUCGAGACCAGCUGGAUGGCAGAGCGUGACGUCGACACAUUCUUUGUCAGCUUGUUCCCAGAGUCAUCACUCUUCGGCAAAGCUAUUGUCGACUUAGUGAACAAGAACGGUUGGAUGGAUGUGGCAUUAGUGUAUGAGGACAAGAAAGCCUUAGUUCGUCUCCAGGAGCUGCUCAGUGCACCAGCCAAGCGGCGGCGGUUAAAAGUGAUGGUGUACCAGGUAGAGAAGGGCGACUCUCGCAACGUGCUGAGGGAAAUCCGAAAUUCAGGAACAACCGAGAUCGUUCUGGACCUAAGCACCUCUAGUUUGGAAACAUUCCUACAACAGGCUGCCGAUCCAAAUAUGGAGAUGCUAAGCAAGUAUUACCAUUACAUUGUGACGUCACUGGAUAUGGAAAUAGUUCGACUGCCACCUCUGACUGAGGUCAACAUCACGUCCUUUACUCUACUGGACAGGAGCCGGCCACAGGUCCAGACUAUACUCAACAGAUGGAGUGACUGGCAGAACAGUACAAGCCUGGACCCACUCAAACUGCCGACGUCUGUGGCCCUUGUUUACGAUGCCGUCUACGUUAUCGCACACGCUCUCUCCAGCCUUCAGAGAAAGAAAAACAUCCGUCUGGACCCCAUUAUGUGUGAGCUGGAAAAUCCCUGGCCUCUUGGGAAGGCUUUCACAGCUGAAUUGAAGAAGGUCAGUAUUCAGGGUCUGACGGGGCCAAUAGGGUUUGACAAGGACGGCAGAAGGACGACUUUCCAACUGAACGUUAUCAACGUACGGGAACAGUCAAAGGCACAAAAGCUGGGUUUCUGGACACCUGACAAAGGUUUGAACAUGACAGAAGAGAAGAAGGGAGCAGCAUUGCUUCCAGGAUCCCUCAGGAACCGCACGUUUACCGUCACCACAAGAUUGGAACCGCCAUUCGUGAUGUUCAAACGGGACUGGACGUCAGGAGGAGAUAAUCUGUUCGAAGGUUACUGCAUGGACCUUCUGGACGAGCUGUCAAAGAUGCUGGGCUUCAAGUACAGGGUUUCACUGGUGCCGGACGCUAAUUACGGCUUUGAGAACGAAGACGGCGUUUGGGAUGGAAUGGUGCGGGAGCUCAUGGAACGAAGAGCCGACCUGGCUGUUGCUCCCUUCACCAUCACCUCCAGUAGAGAAAGGGUCAUCGAUUUCUCCAAGCCGUUCAUGAACGUAGGCAUCAGCAUCCUGUACAGGAAACCUCAGACAGAGGACAGGCUAUUCGCCUUCCUCUCGCCGCUGUCUUACGACAUCUGGCUGUACGUCCUUCUGGCGUAUGUGGGCGUCAGCGGGGUUUUGUUCUUCGUCGCAAGAUUUACCCCAUACGAGUGGAUUAGCAUCGACCCCUUCGAGUCUUUGCCAGCUAUGGAGGAGAACCACUUCACUUUGAUGAACAGCCUGUGGUUCGCUCUGGGUGCUUUAAUGCAGCAAGGCUCAGAUAUGUGGUCACGGGCUGCCUCUACCAAGAUGGUGAUGGGUUCCUGGUGGUUCUUCAUGCUGAUUAUCAUCUCGUCCUACACGGCUAACCUGGCUGCCUUCCUGACGGUGGAGAGAAUGGUCAUACCUAUAGAAUCAGCAGAAGACCUGGCCGCGCAAACACAGAUCCACUAUGGCUGCCUCCAGGGAGGUACAACUAUGACAUUUUUCAAGCAGAACUCAAAGGUGCCGACCUACCAGAAGAUGUGGGCGUUCAUGAAUACCGUCGAGCCGAGCCCGUUCACCAAAACCGUGGAAGAGGGGAUCCUCAGAGUUCUGAACGGAAACUACGCCUUUCUCCUAGAGUCUACUAUGAACGAGUACGUCAGAAGAAAAUCCUGCAAUCUGACCCAGAUAGGUGGACCACUGGAUUCAAAGGGAUAUGGAAUAGGGACACCCAAUGGUUCACCGUUUACUGACGACAUCUCGAACGCAAUUCUGAGUCUCCAGGAGCAAGGCAGGUUGGAGGAACUGUACCGGAAAUGGUGGAAAGGCAGCUGCCCUGCCGAGGAGAAAGAUUGGUUUUUUAGCAGUCUCAAGUGGGAUCAGGUGGGGGGCAUCUUCAUAGUCCUGAUGGUAGGCCUGGCGUUGUCCACAGUUAUCGCAGUGCUCGAAGUCAUCGUCAAAUCAAAACAGGACGCUAAGAAAUUUGGGAGCACCAGGUGCCACGAACUAAUGAAGGGUCUGCGGCUCGCUGUGAACUGCAAGAAGGGAGAGCCUCUCAGUAGAUCCGGCAGUCUCCGCUGUAAGCCGCCCCCAGACCUCACACCAUGCACCCACAACCUCGGCAGGCGGGCAUCGUUCAUCGUGCAUUCUAACGGCAACGUCGUCAGCAAGAAAGAGUCAGUGCUCUAGACCUAUUGUAUUGAGUAAUUCCUGCAACAGCCAAUAGGGAAAUGCUUGUAUAUUUUAACGAAGAGUGCUUGUGGUCCCUAGAAUACACACAAGUUUAAAUGAUUCCUUUGCUGGCCAUUUUAAAUCGUUUGAUUUUAUGACAAAGUUGUAUAAGAUUUCGAACAUAACAGUCGUGGGUCCUGGGUCGGUCCUUUGCGUUCAUAGUUCAUACAAGGGUUCUUGAAAUCUUGCUCAGUCUGAAUUCUGUCAAAAAAUCUGAAUCAACCCUUAGAAUAUCACAGUACAGUUUAACCAGAAACACUGGUAUGAACGGGAUAAAUAGUAACAAUAGCGAAAAGCGCUGACUCUGUCUUGUUGACGAAGACUUUCAAAAAUGUUGUAAUUUUUAUCAACAUUAAACAAGGAGGGAUACUAAGCACUCUCUGUAGUAGUAGGGUUGACAUUAAGAAGCAGGUUAAAACAAUGCCUUUUAUUGUAAAAAAAAUAAUCAUCAUUAUAACCAUGAUGCUAUUUGUGACUUUUUUUGGGUAAUAUAACGUAUAUUGUAAGGAUGAAAUUGUAUACAGGAACUUCUGUGAAUGCAGUUAUUUUUGUAAAUGGUUGCAAGUGAUUAACAAAUUUGUCACCAGUGACUACUAAGAGACAUAUCAACGUUACUGCAACCCAGUAUGUUACUUCUUUUAAUUGGCCACAUAUAUUAAGUAAAGCAAUGUGUAAUAGUAGCGAUUUUAUAUAUUUUUUGUAUUGUGCAUCGUCCGUCCACCGAUGGUUAGUCUUAGAAAAUACCAGGGUAUCUCGUUGUUUAUAUUUACUGAAGGCUAAGCUGUCAAAUGAUCCGCACACACAGAACUUGUAGUACAUUUAUUUAGCUGUAUGUGCUUUGCUCUCCACUUACUUUUCCUCAUAUAUUGUUGUCUUAUGAGAGAAUAA